AUGCGACAUCUCGAUACUGCCGCCCUUACUCCGCGCGACCCGCGGCACGUCCUACAGGUCGCCAGCCGUCGUGCCACUUGGCACUACGGCCGCAUCGCGAGCCGAUUCUGUGACAGGACGCUGUCGCCCAAUGAUAUCGGCGUGCCAUUCCGGGCUCAUGGGUUGAGACAGCCCCUCGGCAGAAUACCAAACGACACGACCGGCAGCCGUGGCGACCCCAAGGGCUCGGCCGGCGGCGACGCGACCCUCUCACACCCGGAGCCCAGAAACCGCCGCGCCGAGCACAUCGGAGCCCGGGGUCGAUUUAGUGACGAGCUUCGUCAUCUCGGGCGUGCACACGAUGUUGCAGAGCCCACGCUCCACGGCGCCGCCUCGCCCUCCCCCUCGCCCUCACCCCGCCGCGCGCCGGCCUGCAGCUCCACGCCGGUCCGAUGGUCUGCGGCGCCCGCCCUGAGGAACCGAUGCGCAUGCAUGCCUCCCUUGCACUUUAGCAUCUGGCACGCUCUCCAAGGUAUCCGCAUUGCGAGCCCAUGGACCACAGCGGCCUCGGCGGGCCGUGUUGCGCGCCCUCCACUUCCGAUCUUAAGUGCUGACCACCCCCUGGCCGCCUCUUGCCUGGACGGCUAG